UCAAAUAAUGCUCUAAAAGAAAAAAAGAAUAAAAAAUAAUAAAAAAAUUGAAAAAAUCUAAAAAUUUGCUAACCUUAGCAUUUUUUCCGUAUAUUUUCGUUUCAACUCACGUUUUUACUCUUUUUGCAACUCGACUCACCACGGCUACAUGCUUAAACUCAUGAGUGAGUAAGUGAAAAAAGAGUCGUUAAAACUCCUCGUGGUGAGUGAACGAAACUCGUUCAAUACAACGUUUCAACUCACUAUCUCACUCUUACUCACUUUGCACAUCUCUACUGCCGAUACGUGCAAGUAUCCAUUAACUUAACCCUACGGCCUUUUAACCUGCUUCCAUGGGAUGUUCGGCCCUUAUGGAAUCUCAACCUUUUCUAUCGGAUGAAACCUGGAUGUAUUCAAACUUCUCUCUAACAACGCCUCAUCACUGCUUGUGGGCCGGUAUCAGACUGAUAAUCAAUUUGCGGUUAUCUAAUUAUAGCUAAUACUAGUGAAAUUGGUCUUGAUUGGACAAAACGCAGUGAAAAUAGGAAACGUAACGGGGCCUGGCCGUUAUCGAAAAGUUACGUUACGCCUGGGCUGCAAAAUGCCGCUGUAAGCAGGAGAGUCUUUUAUGAUUCAUUGGUUAGGGGUUAUGAAUGGAUGCACUUCCCUUCGGCAUUGAUUAGACGCUUUGCAGUGCGCUGAACGGUUGAUUGCUACAUUAGAAGAGAAAACGACCCAAACUAAAAUACUUGUGCGAUGCGUCUGAAGUAGCUAUAAAAGAAAACCUCUCCUGCGUGAGAUUUCAAACUGUUUAUUUCUGGCAGAUAGGCAGGACAUAGGACACAUAACCAACACCGACAGUUAGGUAAAAAGAGUUGAAGGCACAUGGCAACUCUCAUUAUUUUACUGUGUAUGUUCAGUGAUUUUUCCCAACCCCUCAAAGUAUCGGUUUAAAGAAACAUGCAAACGCUAAGAAAACACUUCAAAUUUGUUUAUCUAUGUUCGUUAUUAUGGGAUACUCUGCGAACUCUGCAGCGAAUGAGUAGAGUGUGGCAAACUUGAAGUUUCCAGUGGGUAGAAAUGUUUUGAAAAAAAAACAUCCAUCACAACCAAUGUUGAUGGUCAUAAAGCAAACCAAAAAUAUCGGACUUGAAGUGAGUUGAAGAGCCGGAAAGCUUCUUCAAUAUUGCCUAGAGAAAAAAGCACAUAAUUAUCUAACAGCCGCCCUGAUAGCUUCGAAUCAAUGGUAUUCAGAGAACCAUUUAUCCUAGGAAUGGGUUGUUUUGUGCCGAAUCCGGACGUAAGAAAAGCGCAGCUACCAUUCAUCCAUCAACCCUCUUCCCGUUAUCCACGUUGCUAAAUCGCGAUGAAGUCAUUCUGCAGAGAUAUGUUUUCCAUUUGCCAAGGCUCUUGAGUCAUCGUCGGAUGUCUAUGGAAGCUGUGUUGUUACUCAUGAAAGGGGUUAAAAGAUACGGUAUCGUACAUGCGAAUGAAACUGCUGUUUUGUUUAUUCAAGCUAUUCAAUUAUCAUAUAAAAACAUAUUGUGAAGAUGAAAAUUCGAGAUCUCAGUACAAAUUUCAGUACUAAUAAACAGGCUUAGUACUUAUAGCACAAGGUGGCACAAUCUAACAUAUUUUUGUCUAAAUACCAGUACUGAUACUGUUGAAAUGAAUUAGAGAAUUAUUUCAAUAAAACUAAUGUUGUUUUCUGUCUUCACAGCUUCCAAUUGCCAAGCGUAAAAAAAUAUACUGAAAAAUUCUCGAUCCGUUAGAUCAACAGCACACAAUAACACUUCCCAUUCUAAUCAAACAAGCACGAUCGUUCAAGUAGCAAAAACACCGUUUCAACCAGAGUUCAAUAUUCUACACUUUCCCUUCGAUCAAUCAUCACAUCGGCGAUCAUCACGCGGCAUAGAAGAAGACGGAAAGCGAUCAAAGAAUUCUGACAGAAAAUAAACGAAAAUUACAACAAAAGUUUGCAGGCACGGCGGAUGUUUGUGUAGUUUGCCUUCAACCUGUCUUCCUGCCCAAAGAUAUGCUACGGUAUAUCGAGGACACGAUGUACAAGAAGAAGUAACAGACUCGGCUUAGAGAAAAUGUUUUAAGAAGCGAGAGAAAAUGAGAACGCGAGAGAGCUGCUUCGAGGGAAGAAAGCAUAUCCGGCGAGCUCCAACGGCUCCACCGGCCAAGCCACGCUGCACAUUCGAAUGUUGAUAUUCGAACGAAACGGUCGUCAAUCCGGCCGGCUCGCUGCGUAAAGACAAACCAGUGUGAGUAAAAGACGUCGCUGAUGGUACAAACUGCAUCCAGCAGUAAACGGAGUAGGCGACGCUUACGCUACCACCAACACAAGUGAGAAAACGUGGAAAACUAUAGCUAUACACGUUGUUGAGUGUAUGUGUGUGUGUAUGAAAGUGUAUACGUGUGUAUGGGAAUAUAGGGAGAGGUUUUUCAAAGGCUUCUCUACCGGCUAUGCACAGGGUCCGGGGCCGUUUCACCUGGCUUCAUCUGUUGAAGUGAAAGAUAUUCGGAAAGAAAGUGUAGCAUCGUCAUCUCGCCAACAGCAACAACCAGUGUGUAUGUGUUCGUGUGUGUGUAUGUUUGCAAGAGCGAGAAAAAGUAUGUGGGACACAGUGCGUGAGUGAAAGAAAAGCGACAGAAGAAAGUUGGUUUGACGCUGGAAAGGAGAUGAACGAGCGGCAACGGUUACUGUUACCUGCAACCGUCCACAAUUUCUCGACUGAGAAGACAACGUGUCAGGUUGCGAAUAACGAUCACACUCUGUAUGUGUUCGGAAAAGUUUCACGGUUAUUGGUGGAAGUGCGGGCGGAGGCUUGGGAAAAGUCGGUGAAACUCGAAGGUGCGUAUGCCGCACUGUGACAACCACGACCAACCGAUAAGACCUCGCGGGGUGAUGUGGUAGGUUGGUUUGGUGUGAAGUGUGGAGAGGGUUGCAGUGAAAUCGAAGGUGAAGGCACCAACGGGAGCAGCGCCAGUAAAGAAAAAGUGACCGCCAAGUUUUCACCGGUAGCGAGUUCGCGUUAUCGGGAAAAUAGAAACCUGCCGUUCAUUUCUUGUCGUUAGAAAUAUAUAUAAAAAAAACAACACGUCCCUGUAUUGUGCUUAGAAUAUAUAAUACUUUUGUAUUUACCUGUUUAUUUCCUUCAAUUUUAAAACCAUAGGUUAUUAUUAUAGUUAAUACACCAUGAGAAUGAGAAUGGUUGUAACGAGAAGAAUUUGUCUGCAGAAGUGAAAAAGAGAGUUUGUGGUGCAGUGCUUAUUGAAAAGUGAAUGUGCAAUUGAGUGAGAAAUUAUUCGCAUCAGAAUAUUGGGAGUCAUUCCCUUCCAAGCAGCAGAAAAGAGGAAGCGAAAAAAUAUAUUCGAGGUUCGUCGCUUGUUGCGGACAAAGUCUUUCGUUGUUCGCUAACGAAACGAAGCCGUGUCUCGCAGUUUGGUGAACGGGAAAGAAGUACUCGUGUGAGACGUGAAGACGAGAGGGGGCAGUGAAAAGAAUCUGGAAGUAAAAGUGAAACCCGCGUCCGGGCGCGCGAGCACACACUAGCGCACAAGCACCCAUAUCCAAACGCAAACAAGCCGAGAUUCUCUUUCUCCGGUUCGUACGUACGUACGACGGCUCCUGCGCCGGAAUUCCAAAGAUCGAUCGAUCCUCGCUCUCGUGCCGUCUCGUUCACUCACACUCGUGCACUGUCGCGAUUGGACAGCAUCCCGUCAGCAUUUCUUCUCAUCAUUGACCACAUCCCAACCACCAGCGCGGUUACGAUCGGAGCUGCGGGAAGAUCAUUUAUUAUUGAAAAGAACAGGUUUUUGCACCAUUCCGAACAGCACGCGCGAAUGAACAGCCCCGUGAUAAGAUGAUCGUCGAAAGAGCGCAGGAGCUCAACACGGCAACAGAAGGAUCCAGCAGUUUUUACGGAGUACUAUAUUUUUCUGCUACUAAACGAAAAUAGUUUACGAACUAUCGGACACUAUUAUCGUGCACCUCUAACAAAAAUAGAGAGAGACAGAGAGAGAGAGAGAGAGAGCUACAGGUCUUACUAUAAGACAUAUCGCAAGACGAACGAAUAGUUUAUUUAAGUUUUGAGAACGUGCCUUAACUUCUCAUUAUACUGUCAUGAAAGCAAAAAACCACAAUUGCGGGGAAAUUCCCACAGCUGUGCAGAUGUACAGCUACCGACUGAUAUCCGCCAUGUUGAUCUGCCUCUACUUAACAGUAGUGGCAACAGCAAGCACCAUUCCAAAGCAAACUACUAGCUGUAGUACAUCACAAGACUGCACCAAUCGUCCAAAUCUGUCGGACGCCACGCCGUUGGGAAAAUCGAAACGAUCGGCCAUUAUGAACGAGCUCACACCCCGGUCUAGCACUGGAGACAGAAGUCUGCUUGCUGUGUCCUUCGAUAGCAAUAGUAACAGUGUUCUGGAAGCUACUGGACCGUCGGGCCGCAAUGGUAAGGAUUUACUCGACGAGUCCUACCAACGCACCAAGGAACUAGCCAUGAACAUUUCCAACGUUCAACGAGCAGUUCUAGCUUCUCAACAACAACGUCCUCCACCUUUUCGAGUGCAGAGCCCGAAUCCUUCACACGGUAGCCGACAAAACCCCAAUCCAGACAUACAGGACAUCAUCACCGGGAUUGUGAAGCUUCUAAACGGAAACGUCAACGUGCAUGCGAAUCCACAACCCACACGUCGCCAUUCGGCCACUCGCAUCAACAACCGAGGUCCUCCACGCAUAUCCGAAGCGCAACCACUACCGAACGAGUACGAGGGUGAGCUGGGUGCUCCGACCUCUACACGCCCGUUGCUACAACAGGAGCAAGGGCAACAGCUACCUGGUUCUUCACAAGGUCCAAGACCGGAUCAUCCAGUGCGUCCAUUUCUCACGGGCGUCCCGAUACCGGAGCAGAUUGUACCAUCCAUGCAGCAAACCUACCGACCCGGGUUCGUCUCACAAAACAGACCUCCGUGGCAACGUCCCAAACCACGACCUCCGAUAUCACCUAACCGACGACCGAUUCCACCGUACAAACCUUACCCAACCAGUCUUGAUUAUCGGCCGGAUCCGUCUAGCUACGAUGGCAGUGGCCCAUCAAAUACUGGACCAAUUGCAAUUCCCACCAACAAUGAUGGUGGUGGCAAUGCGAUCGACAACGUUACCGAAAAGGUGAUUGAGGAUCCUCCUUACGAGACUCCUAGUGCAGGAGGGAACUAUCCCACUACUACGCAAGGAACAAGUGAAGCAAAUCCAGAGGUAGACGUCACCACAACCACUACAACGUCUUCGAAUGCGGACGCGGAACAUGAGCAACCACCAGAAGGGGCACAGCAACGACGUCCCACAACAAUACCGACAAUACCUACGGAGGUGCAGUAUACGAUCGAGUCUGCGACGAGUGCUGCCAGCGUGAUGCCCGCGAAUGGUCCGAAUGGAGAAUCUUACGAUCCGGAAGUGGUACCAAGUGUUUAUGAAAUUAAUUCAAUCGAAUAUCUCCCAUCGAGUGGAGUGCUAGAACCCUCGCCAACUACCACUGGCGCGAUUAUUACGACCAGUACAGAAACGAUAGAACCCUCGACUAGUGAAAAAAUUGAUCAUUCAUUGACGAUCACACCAACACCUACGCUAUUGCCUACUACCCAAACAUCCACGAUAUCGAAAAUGAAACCAUCGACAACGACGACGACGACGAAUCUUGCUCCAUCGGAAAGCAAGACUUCGGACGUAAUAUCCCCAACGAAAAGUACUUCGACCGCAUCAACGGAUGCAACGAAACCUCCAGACUAUCGAUUCCAACCUCGUCCAGGUUUGGUUUUGGAUGAUCCUGACUUCAAACCGGGUGGUGCUGGACCAGCUAACAGCAAUUCAAUUCGAACUCAGAACUUACCGCCGUUUGCUAAUAGGCCAGAAAUCUACACGGCUCCUCCUCCUGGUGCUGUGAGUUCUGGGCCAGCAGGGGCACGUCCUCCGAAUUACGGUGAGAUCUUCGACGUCACUCUGUCCGCCAUCCAAGGACCCGGUGGUGCAGGCGGUUCGGGAUCACAGCAAACGAUCAAAAUCAAUCCUUACUACAAUCGACCCGGACAGGGUGCUGGACCCGAGGCCAGUAUCAUUCUCACUGGUACCGGUACAGACGGGUUUGUUUCGAUCGAUGGGAAACGAUCGUACAUUGAUCUGUUCGGCACGGAAACACAACGCGGUCAGAAAACACAAAUACAACCCACUGCGACACGCACCAAUAGCCCGCCGCUUGCCACAGAACGGCCUAAACCUCCCAAGCUGGGUCCAACACCUCCUGCUCUACAGCCCGGUAUCGUCGGUACCGGGUAUGCCGUACCGGAAACUGAAUCUCCGGUACAUGCCGGACCGAUCGGUGGAAACAAAUCGCCCUCCAGCGGUUCGGGUCAACUUCAUCGCGUUCCAUCGCUACACCAAAAUCGUCCGAAAUAUUCGGGAACUCUUGGAUUGCCGCCAGUACGCAUCGACACAUGUAUCGUUGGUGACGAUUCCACGUGCGACCAGGCCCAGAACGAGCGCUGCCGAACGGAGAACGGUGUAUCGAGUUGCCACUGUCGACCGGGGUAUGCUAGACGAAAGCAUCGCGAACCAUGUCGGCGCAUCGUGUCACUGAUGUUGUCGAUGCGGGUGGACAAGAUCUACGAGCGGCGUAUCCAUUGGGAUGUAGCGUUGGCGGACCGCAGCAGUGAGAAGUACCAGCAGCUAAGCUACGAAGCUAUUCGUGCGAUGGAUUCGGCUAUGUCAAUGACACCGUUCUCGGACGAGUUCUUGGAGGCACGCAUCAAUGGCAUCUAUACCGUCAACCCUUCAACAGGAUCUUCUGCGUCCGGAUCUCCUGCCAGUGCCGUGUUUGUCAACUAUACCGUCAACUUGGAUGAAAACGCGGAAACACUUCGACCGGCACUGCGUUCCGACAUACAGCGACAUCUGCUAGGUGUGAUUCACCGACGGAACAACAACAUCGGAAACUCCGCAUUGUACGUAGAGGCACCUACGGGGGCCGUCUCCAGCGUGCAGGAUGUGGACGAGUGCACGUCCGAUGAGUUGAACGAUUGUGACGAGGAGGCACACUGUACCAACCUGUUUGGGACGUUCCGAUGCGAAUGUAACGUUGGCUUCCGGGAUCCUUGGGCUGACCAACCGCAACGGGCCGGCCGCGAAUGUCUGUCGUGUCCGGAGUCGUACUGCACUAAUCGUGGCACCUGCAGCUAUGAUAAUGCCAACAACCGGCAGGUGUGCAGGUGUCUCGGCAGCUACUAUGGCACACAGUGCGAGAUCGAUGGCGAGGUACUCGGAGUGGCCGUCGGGGCAUCAGUUGCCGCCGUCAUCAUCAUUGUGCUGACGCUUAUCUGCCUCGUAAUGUGGAGUCGGAAGUGGCAGCGCGAGCACAAAAAUGCCAUGGGUAGCCCUGUGUUUGGAUAUCUUGGCAAUGGCCAGGUGAAGACACCGGUCAUGGGACAAGCACCGUAUCAGGUGACGCUAGAGGAUCGUAUGCGAUGGGCGCAGAUUGCGGACGUAAUGGCUCAAGCGAAUCAUUACGCGGUAAGCUACAUCGAUGCUGAGCCCGUUGCAGGACGCCCAUCGUCAGCCAUGUUUGGCUAUCCUAAUUUACAGACGAUCGGAAGCAUGAAUACCCUUUCGCUGCAUGGAACCUUGCCAAUGCACACCGGCACCUUACCGCCCGUGCCGCUACCAAGAACGCUUGGCCUCAACAGAAAUGGCAUGCGAACGUUGGAAAACUCCAGCUCCAGCGAGGAAGAGGACCGUGCUGAUCUACUGGGACGUAACUUUAAUGUUCCACGGCCAAAGAGUCGUAGCAAUGCUAGUGUUACGUCGGGAAUCUACUACGAUGUGGAUUACGCACCGACAGGUGCCGAACAGUUGUACGGUGGCGGAAGUACUCUUGGUGGUACGAUAGGAACCGGCGGAUUGGGCGGAGUAUCCGGAGGUGGUGCUGGUGGCACAACGAAAUCGCAAAGCAGCAUACCAAUGAGCACCUACACAUCUUCCGGCCGGCCAUUACAGUCGACGUACUAUAAAUAAGCGAUCAGCGAUCUUGAUCGAAGCUGGUACGCAUUGUUGAGUCCGGCCUUUGGCGACACAUUGCACAUGCACGAGCAACGCGAACACAGCCACGCGAUCUCGUUGUGAUAAAUUGAUCGAUUUCGGAACCAAUGGCACGUGCACCAGCACUAAGCUACAUGGAACCUGAAGUAGGGUACUCCCGGAACCGUAAGUCAACAAAAAAGGAAAAUCUUUCUCGAGCUGUAGCCGCCGCAUAAAGGGCGGCAAAAGAAUAAAUGUGAAAAAGUGUACAUAUAGCGCAAGGAAGCCAGGAACAAUUCUGUUAGUCUGAGUUAGGCAUACGUAUAUUAUAAGAGCAGGUAUUAAAUUAGCGUAAUGGACGACAUUUGGUAGCAGCGAUACAAGGCAUUACUGCGUUGUAUUUAACAAACGGAAAUAGUGCGCGAAUGUAAAGAAUUGGCCCGUGUCUAAACACUGGACUGGAGAAUAGAAACAAAAGUAACAAAAAUAAACGAGUAUAGAUAGUCUUGUGUUAA